AAUCAGAAGAAACAGCAGUACCAUACCCAGAUGGACCUUCAGGACCAGGGUAACAUUCAGAAUCAGAAGAAACAGCAGUACCAUACCCAGAUGGACCUCCAAGACCAGGACAACAUUCAGAAUCAGAAGAAACAGCAGUACCAUACCCAGAUGGACCUUCAGGACCAGGGUAACAUUCAGAAUCAGAAGAAACAGCAGUACCAUACCCAGAUGGACCUCCAAGACCAGGACAACAUUCAGAAUCUGAAGAAACAGCAGUACCAUACCCAGAUGGACCUCCAGGACCAGGACAACAUUCAGAAUCAGAAGAAACAGCAGUACCAUACCCAGAUGGACCUCCAGGACCAGGACAACAUCCAGAAUCAGAAGAAACAGCAGUACUAUACCCAGAUGGACCUCCAGGACUAGGAUAACAUUC